UAUAAAUAUUUUAUAUUAAUUAAUAGUGAUAAUUAUUACAUUGUAGUAAUAUAAAAGAUUAUAUAUUUUUAAGAUAUUAUAAGAUGGAGAAUGUGUUAAUUUCGAAUAGAAUAUGUUUGUUAAUUUUAAUUAAUGAAUUAUUUUAUAUAUUCGUAACUUGUAAAAAGGAAAAAAAAAAAAAAAGGACAAUUAUAUUUAUCACAAUUGUAAAGAAAAUCUGUAAUAUCGACGUUUAAUGUUUUAUUGGGUCGGUAAAUGAUAUCAGUCGGUAAUCUAUUUUACCAACCUGUAAUAUUUCUAUCAUAGUUUCUUUAAUUAUGUUUCUCUUAUAAUACCAAUGUAAUUACAUUAAAUUACUUAAUAUAUUAAAUAUUUAACUUAAUAUGAAAUAUUAAAUAUGUCAGUUUGUCUUAAUGUAUUUCUACCUAUUAAUACUUUUUAAUAUAUUCCAUGGAAUAUAUUACAAUUAUUGAAACUAUUUAAACUACUUCAAUUUAUUAGACUAUCAUUAUAGCUCCAUAUAGUUAUAAAAUCGCAAUAUUAUUUUAUUUUAUUAUAAAAAAAUCAAAUAUACAAUAUAUUAUCAUUUAUCGACUCAGUCUUAUAUUUUUGUACAGAAUUGUGAACAACCGGUAAUAUAGAUCAUUUACCAUAUGUCACGUAUUAUCUGUCGAUUUUAGUUCGUCAGUUUUCAUAUAGAUUUCACUAGUAGUAUAUACAUAUAUAUAUAAAUUUUUUCUUUUUUUUUUUAAUUAACUUGUCCACGUGAGUUUCUAACCUAAAAAGAUAUUGUUUACACGUGAAAAAAAGGAACUUCGUGAUUUUCGUAAUUAAUAUUUAAUUUAUUAAGAAUUGAAAUAAAAUGGAAGAGAAGAUAAUUAGAAUGGAAGAUAUACUUGAAGAAAAUUCAUCUGACGAUAACAUAUCAGAUAUAAUUGAAAUUGAUACGAUGAAAAGAAAUCAGAUAUCAAUGGACAUGCCAAAAGGGAAACCAAAAUCCGGUAGAAUAUGGAAAGAACCAAAAAAGAGAUUUUCAUCUAUAGUCAAGAGCAAAGGUAUUAGGUUAUCCCUUGAAAAGAAACAGAAAUUGAGGGAGGAUUUGCAACGUGCCAAGGAAAUGUCGAGAACAAUUAAGGAACAAAAACAGGCAGAGAAGGAAGCAAAGAAGCAAAGGAGAAUAGAAAAUUUGAAGAGAGCAGAAGAAAAUAGAAAGAAGGGUGAAGUUGUACAAAUUAUUAAAAAUACUGCCAAACUAAAGAGAAUGAAAAAGAAACAAUUGAGAUUGAUUGAGAAAAGGGAUACAAAUGAUAAAACAUACAAUUGAAAAAGAUCGAAAAGUUUAAAAAUAAAAAUAAAAAUAAAAAUAAAAAAAGAAAAAUUAAAAAAAAAUUAAAAGACCAGCUCUCAAAUGGAUAAGAAAAUAAUGUGUUAUACAAAAAUAACGUUCGAUAAUGUGUUCUUAAAAAUAUUGUUAAAGCAUAAUAAAUUCAUAUAAAAAAUAUUUCGUAACGGUAAAUUAAUAUUACUUAAAGAGCGAGAUAAGUUUUAACUGUAUAAAAAAGAAAGGAAGAAAGAAAGAAAGAAAGAAAGAAAGAAAGAAAAAAAAAGAAUUAUGAAGUAAAAAAAAUCACAUAAAUAAUCUUAUUACGUAUCUUCUUCUUCUUCUGCUUCUUCUUCUUCUUUUUGAGUCUUUCUUUUCAUCACAAAACUUUCCAGUUCUUUGAUAAGAUUAAUACCUGGAUUUCUUCUCCACUAUAAAGGAAAAAGAAAAAAGAAAAGAAAAAAAAAAAAAAGAAAAAGAAGAAAAUAAUUAUGAUCAAAUCAAUUUGUCAUAUUUAAAUAAAAGCUAAAUACUUAGUCUCUUUAAAAAUCAUUAAAAAUCUCUCACCAUCUUUUUGACCCACUUUGGUAAAUAAUUAAUAUUAGAUGGAGCCUGAAAUCUAUGAAGAUCCUUGUAAAUAAAAUUCUUUAAUAUAAAAGAAAAAAAAAAGAAUAAUAAUAAAUAACAAAUAAUAAAUAAUAAA